UUAUUUAGUAAAAACAAAAUAACAACAAGAUACAAAAAUAUUCAAGUGGGGGGGCUUAUAGAAUAAUAGAGAAUUUUGUUAAAGUGACCAUUGCUAUUUUUUAGGAUCCAUGGAGUUCGCAGAAGACCAUAUAAUGGAAUAUGAGGACUAUGAAUGGAAACCAAAUUACAACAAUCUGCCCAUGGAGAUCAUUUUACAUAUUUUUCGUUUUUUACAUCACUCAGAUCUUCAAUCGGCAGGUGCUACUUGCAAUCGAUGGCGCGAGGCUCUCUUCAUUGGAGAGUUUAACCGUAAAAUCAUGGUUAAUUUUGCGAAAGUGUGUCUAUCGGAUCGUCUGGCGCCAGCGAAAUACUUUCUGAAGUGCCAAAGACCCUACCAAAUAUUUUGUUUGGAGGAAGUGACGUUCGGACAAGCACAAGAACUUUUGGAACACAUAGGCAAAACAGCAGUUGAAAUAACAUUUAACAAUGCUGAUAUCGGCGAUAAACAAUUUUAUGCAUUCUUACGACAACUAACUAAACUGGAAAGCCUUACAAUAACCCGCUGUUCUCCGCUAUUUAUGUCGGGGUCGUUUUUAGAGGGCAAUGGGGAUAUAGGCAAUGCUUUGGCCAACGUUCGUCAUCUUUCUUUGAAGUAUAACCAGUAUUUAUCAGACGCAAUACUGUUACGUUUGACAUCGCUUAUAAAAUGCAUGGAGUCGUUCGAUAUGUCCGGCUGUCACAUUGCUUACCACAAUGCCAUUCAUAGACGUUUUUAUCCCAACGACAGUGAAUCAACCCAUCCCAGCGAGUCGAUAUUGACAUUUAAGUUUAUUGCAAAAGUUGCAAUAUCACAUAGAAAGUAUUUAAAGGAUUUGAACCUGAGUCAUACGAUGAUCAGUGGGCCCGCUUUGCAGUUUCUCGCACCCAGCGAAGGCAUCGAGAAUGGCCUUAAACUACACAGAUUACAUUUAACUGGUUGCCAACAGUUGAAUACGAGUGGGGUGAAAUCAUUUUUGCAAACUCAGCAUCAUUUGGUUAAGUUGGAUUUGGCCGAUACCCUUUGUGUCAAUGAUGACUGCAUGGAUUGUAUUGUGGGAUCACUCCCAAACCUGCAAGAUCUCAAUAUUGCUGGCUGUGGUGCGAUAUCAAAUGUUGGAGCAUCUCUGCUGGGUAAACUGAAACAUUUGCAAUCAUUAAAUAUAUCGCGAUGCGAAGGUAUUACGAAAGAUGGCUUAACACAGGGAAUAGCAAGCGGCCCGAAUUCUGUUUUAAAACAUCUUUAUAUGUCGCACUUAAUAGUUUGCGAGGAAUGCAUUCGGUGUAUAGCCCGAAAUUGUAUAGAGUUGCGCGUUCUAAACGUGGGACACUGUGUUAAUGGCGUCACCGACGACACUGUCCAGUGCAUAAUAGAACAUUUGAGCUGGCUUAGGGAUCUAACCUUAGAAGAUUGUUUCCGCCUCACCGACGCAGCACUGACUGGAAUAAAUAUAUCAAAACUAGAACUGAAGGGAUCUUCUGGAACCUUGGAAAAUUUUCACCCAACAGCCCCAUCAACAAUGCUCGAGAGAGAAGCUAUGCGUUCAACAUCCCCGCAUUUGAUGAAGAUAUCAUUACGAAGCAAAGCGGAAGAUGAAAUUGUUCGCGAUGCUAACCGUAAACGGGCCCUUUUCGCAGUCUACGAACUUAAUCUUGCUGAUGAAGCAUCCGUGGAUGGAUUUAGCAUACAACAACUUAAAGGGCUACGAUCCCUAAACCUGAAAGGAUGCAACAAAAUCACCGAUGUCUCCCUUAAGUAUGGCCUCAAGUUUGUCGAAUUACAACACCUGCACUUAUCUUAUUGCCAACAAAUAUCGUCGAUUGGCAUGGAAGCUUUGGUAACGAACUGUCCUUCUAUUGAAGUAUUGGACUUGUCAGACUGCUACAACAUCAACGAUAAAACCAUACAAUUGGUCACUGCCAAAUUAACACGAUUACGAACACUGCAUUUAAGUGGGUGUUCUCAACUAACAGAACACAGUUUGGAUGCAAUUCUAAUCAAUUGUAAGCGCUUACAAACACUAUCAGUUCAUCGUUGCCGUCAUAUGUACGGUAAUAUAGAAGAUCGUUUGGCCGUCUUGACAACAUUGCGUAAUCUAAAUAUGGAUCAUGCAGGAAGUUUUGACAAUGCUGAAAUUUUCCGUCUAAAAAAGAGGCUUGAUUACUGAUAUUUUGCGGCUAUUUUUGUUGUUUUUAUUCUCUAUUAUUUUCAAUUGCAUAAUUUACAUUAAUUGGUUAUGUUGCUUCUAAGUUUCUUCUUAAGGUUUUUUCGCGCCCUUACUUGUGUGCAAUCACUAUGAUAUACUUUGUUAAUUUUUUGUAUUAUAAAAAGAGAUUUAUGCAUAAAUUAAGGUCCUAGUAUUGAUAUUAGAAAUUAUUAACCCUCUGUGAUUAAAAAACACAAAUAU